CCGAUGACUGAUGCCGCACGUUGCCCGACCGACGCGCCCGGUGCCGGAGCUCCGCGCCGCCGCCUCCUUCUCCCGCAGCGCCUCGGCCGGCCGCGGUCCUGCCGCCUCCGGGCGGCUCGCACCGAGCUCGCGAGCGAGAGGUUCUUGUGAGAUUGGUGAAAAUUAAGCCUACAUUCCAGGGAUGCAAGAGGAGCAACAGCCUGAGGCUGCUGCAGAUCCAAUGUCUUCCUCUGACGUACCAGAAGAUGGCCCAAAGGAAACCUCAAGUGUAUCGCAGAGUAUCUCUGAUGCAGACGCAUUUAAAAUUCUUCUGGAGAUGAAGAUGAAGAAGAGGCAGAAAAAACCUGCCUUACCAAGCACUGUGACUGAGCUCGACACCGAGGACGGUUCUAAAGUGUACGUGGUUGGAACAGCCCACUUCAGUGACAGCAGCAAAAAGGAUGUAGUGAAGACAAUACAAGAAGUGCAGCCAGAUGUGGUUGUGGUGGAACUGUGCCAGUACAGAGUUUCUAUGUUAAAGAUGGAUGAGAAGACUUUACUAAAAGAAGCCAAAGAAAUAAAUCUGGAAAAACUUCAGCAAGCUAUAAAGCAGAAUGGAGUCAUGUCUGGACUGAUGCAAAUGCUGCUUCUGAAAGUGUCUGCUCACAUCACAGAACAGCUGGGGAUGGCCCCAGGAGGGGAAUUCAGAGAGGCUUUCAAAGAGGCUAGCAAAGUACCUUUCUGUAAAUUUCAUCUUGGGGACAGACCCAUCCCUGUUACAUUUAAGAGGGCGAUUGCUGCGCUUUCUUUCUGGCAAAAAGUCAAGCUUGCCUGGGGCCUUUGCUUCUUAUCUGACCCAAUCAGUAAAGAUGACGUGGAAAAAUGCAAACAGAAGGAUUUACUGGAGCAGAUGAUGGCAGAGAUGAUUGGAGAAUUUCCUGAUCUUCAUCGAACAAUCGUCUCGGAACGGGAUAUUUACUUGACCUACAUGCUGAAGCAAGCAGCAAAGCAGAUAGAACUACCUCGGGCUUCAGAAACUGAACCUAGGAAAUACAUCCCUGCUGUUGUAGUUGGUGUGGUUGGGAUGGGUCACGUACCUGGAAUUGAAAAGAACUGGAACUCUGACUUAAACAUUCAGGAAAUAAUGAGUGUGCCUCCUCCAUCAGCUUCAAGUAAGAUUUUCAAAUUUGUCAUAAAAGCAACAGUUUUUGGACUGAUGGGUUAUGGCUGCUACCGAAUAGGUCAAAGGACGGUUCAGUUUAUUCUCUCGAUGCCAGCAGCACAAAGCUAUCUCCAGAAGCUGACAGAAAUAAGGUCUCAGCACUGAACGUAAGUGGAGGCACAACGUGAAGAAAGUGGCUGAGAAAGGCGAUGGAGGCAACAAAUGUGAAAGAAGAAGGAAAUGAGGAUUCUACUCAGAAGCGAUGGGUGUGGAGCAAAGCUGAAUUGCUGUAUAAUAAAAGAUUUGAUACUGAAUUUACACCAGCUAUGAUCUGAUGAAUAAGUUUGAUUCCUGGUGCGUUGCAUGAAACCACAUGAUUCCAGAUUGAGGCAAAUGUAAUACGUGCACAAAUAUAUAUUAUAUAUAUCUAUACGGUGUGUGUAUAUAUAAUAUAUAUUAAUAAUGAUGUAGUACAGACAGCUUAAAGAGUGUAUGCUCGUGACUUUUUUUCCAGGAGAACAGAACACCAAGUAACCAAAUUGGCUGCAUCUGCUGUGAAAUUCAGGGACACUUGCUGGAGUGAUUGAUUUUCUUUCCUCGGGUAUAAUAAUACCUAGCGGUCCUUUCUGGUGCCAGACACUUUACACGUAAUGCAGAAGGGCAUCUUCUCAAUGUGUGUUUUAUACUUAAAAACAUGUAGGCUUUUUAAAGACUUGAAAGCUUUCCAAAAAUGUCAGAACUGUACAGGCAGCUGUAUGUUCUCCACUCGGAUUUCUUUACAAGCCUUACUGAAGAACGGAAGCGCUGCCUUUAGAUUGCAUCCCUCCUUACCACCACCGGUUGAAUUGUCUUCUGCAUAGAGAAGGUAGAGCCACGCCAUCAGAAUGCAAUGUGUCAGAUGUUUACAGGACACUCUGUUCCUUUAGAUUAGGUUAUUUAAAGUGUAUUGUUUAGCCAAAUCCUGCUGGAUUCAGUAUUGUAAAUUUGAGACUAGAACUACUGUACAGGUUUUGUUUCUCGGACCUUUCGUUAUCGGGACAAGAAGUCUGGAAUUGAUCGUACCUGCUCCUCAUUUUUGAUACAUGAAAAUAUUUUAUUUAUCAAUGUAAUUUCUCAGUGGAUGAAUAUUUUAAUCUAUUUAAUAGAAAAGCAAUGUUCAACUUAGUUUUUCAAACUAGCGAUAGCAUUUUAUUUGGGUUACCUGCUAUUUAUACAUAGAAUAAUGGGUACAUCAGACUGCUGUGAUUUUUAAGAUUUUCCAGAACAGCCAUCUGUCACCCAUCUCUUUUACUUUAUCAUUUGGGCUGAUACAUAAUAGGAGGUUUUGGUACCAUUUAUACGGGAUUUUCGAUGAUUGUGAAGUGCCCUCUGCAAUCAGCUGCUCCCAGUUCCGCAGUGCAGACAGCUUUGAUUGGCAUAUCAGAGUUUUAACCCGAUGUAUUUCAACAGAGUCCCAUUUGCUCCUCAGGCUCAUAUACAGUUGCUCACUGAUUAAAGUGGGGUUUUUGUUUUUACUGAUUUCUUUUGUGACUGAAAGAUGAGAACCAGUGUGCGAGGCAAGAGGAGGAAAACAACACGUUGUACUUUGAGUUUCCUUGCUGCUUUCAGUUGGUUCAAUAAAAUCAACAGGCUGGGUGAAUGUCAAACAGCAGGGUGAAUGUCCAGAGCCUUGUGCUGGAGGUCGUCCCACAAAGCCUGUUGGUGGCUGGAGGCCUGUAUGCGUACCUGCCAGGCCCUGCACUGUGCUGGCAGUGGCUUUGCUGGGAUCCGGUCUGUCCAUGCAGCCCGAUGCUCUGCUGCCUCGCGCUCUGCAGAUGCUGUGUGUCCCCCUGCAGCAAAUCCCUGAAGUACGUGUUCAUCUUCAAACCUAUGAAAUCAAACCCAGUCCUGCACUUAUCACAAUGCAUGGUGUGUUUCUGGAUCUGGGCCUUAGAGCUGUGCAGGGAAUAAACCUGAGCAAAUGAGAAUGGCAGCAAUUCAUACUUUGUGAACACAAAAAUGUGAUGGUGAUACAGAGUGGGAUGGAGUCAGGUCCUUCUCGUUUUCCAUCAGUCGGUGCUUGAGGAGCCCCCAGCCAUCUCUUGUGAGACUGAAAACCACAUUGAUGAACUUUUUGGAGAAGACUGGAGUGACUGCCUCCAUUCUGCUUCCUGACUUUUUGUAAAGGUGUAAUGCAUUGUUUACAGUUCGGCAGUCCUAUUUGAAUAAUUCUAUUCCAUGUUACAUUAUUAAGAGAUGAAAGCAGAAGCUUGACCUCCUUCUUCUCCUGGCUCUCCUGACAUACCAAAAUAUUGUUGUUGUCUUUUCUUGUUUUUGUUUUUGUUGUUUUGAAUUUGGUUUUGUUUGGCUUACUUUUUUUUUUUGAGGUCUUUUAGCUGUUAGAGUUCAAAAUAUAUCGAUGUCUUGCUUUAAGAUACCUACUGAUCUUUAAGGUAUCUGCAGAUAUUGUGAAAGCUCUGUAGAUCUUUCAUAUCUGUGCUCAGGUAAUUUUACACAAAGGAAAACAAAUCUAAGGUAAACUUUAGACAUGAGCCUUAAACUCGGGUGGGACUAAUGCUAGACAGUAGUCAUGGAGCAUUCUCGCAGACUUGACAUCAUAUGCUGUUUAGAAGUGUAAGCUGUCCACUUGUUGAUCAGCCAUUAUCAGCAGUUACUAUCUUGAGUCUUUGUUUCACUUUUUCUUCUUUCUUUUUAAGCAUAUCAUCAGCAGAUAUGAAGGAGGCUGUCUGGGGACAGAACUUGCAGUUUCUCCUCGCUGUUGCAAACUGGCCCACGUAUGCACUGUUUGCUCAGUGGCACUUGAAAGCCCGAUGGAUUUGCAGUCCUGUCUGUCAGUCCUGUGAAUCCAAACCCGACUGCUCAGUGUUGUGUAUCUGAUGUGUUGUACUGUCUGUGUAACAAUCAGUGUUUUAGGUCCAUUCUUUUCUGUUCUAGUCAGUCCUCUCAGUGUUAGAGCAUCCUGUAAAACUUAACUCUGUUGAACUGUCCCAGCCCUGCCUCAGCCUUACGAAGCCAUACUGUAUUUUUUUGGUGACAUGUACAUCUGUUUCAUGCGUUUGUACAUGUAAUGUAAUUUGAAGUAUUUUUAACAAUGUGUGCCUUUACUCUAAAGUGAUUUAAAUCAAACAGCAGUAUGUUCUAUGAUAUAAAAAAAUAAAAUAUUUUAGCCACCGUUUCUGUUGAAGGCAUUUAUUUUCCACAUUAAUUAGUGUUUUUGAGAACAAACGCUGGUUAGGUAGAUCUGGUACACAGCAUUUUGAUAACCCAGCAUAUUUUUCUGAGCAGGAGCUGCAGUUGGAGCAAACACUUCCACUGAGGGGCAUCUGGCUUUGAUAAUGAAGUAAGAAAACCACUUUUUCUGCUCCUGCACUUUUCCAUUGGAGAAAAGGCUGCAUUUCCCUCUCUUACUAAACACAUGGAGACUAACUUCCCAAUGGGAGAAGCAUCUAAAGUGAUAGUUCACAAUUAGGUAUGGAGGAUGGUUGAGUUUUUUCGGUUGUCUCAUUUCUUUUCUUCUAACUUCUGUGGUGCCUGGUUGUGCCAGGAGCUGACAGCCUUAGUCCCAGCCCAGCAAGAUGCUUGAGCACCUGACAUCGGCCACAAGCAGUCCCUUCUGUUUGCAGGCCUGUUCUCUGCAUGGGAAUCAAAGACAAUGUGAAAAGGUGUUGAGUCCGUAGCAAAACAUUCAAUCUUCUGCAAUUGAGCCAGGUAAGACCACUUCUUUAAAAGGAGGAAGGAGAACUGUUACUAAAAGAUCCAGGUUUUGUGCUGUAAGCUAUAAGUAGGUAGCCAAGUGGAUAACCACCACUUGUCAGUCAGCACGCCGUGCCUCUUGGUUAAGUGUGCAAAGCAAAGCUGUCCACGUGCACUUCUGUACUCCUUGAUUCAGCAGAAGCCUCCAAUGCUUUGAGCUGUGGUUUGGCUUACAUUGUGAAAUGCUGCUGAGAGUGGCAGCUGCUGUGUCAGGGACUGCACUGCUCCGUCAGCCAGCUGGCCAAGGUUGUGUUUAUAGAAUCAUAGAAUAGAAUCAUAGAAUCACUACGGUUGGAAAAGACCUAAAAGAUCACCCAGUCCAACCGUUCACCUAUUCCCAAUAGCUCCUACUAAACCAUGUCCCUCAACACAACAUCCAGUUAUAAUGCAUCCUUUUCUGUACUCAACUUAAAAAACUGAUUUAGUGGUGAGCUAACAGUGCCUAAAUGCCCCCCUGGAAGCUGCUCCUGUUUGUGUGCUUUGAGAAACAUUGAAGAAGCUCUGGCUGGGAAACAUCUGGGUGCCAGGCAGAAGUGGGAGCUACACGUGGAAGGAACACUGUUGCCUAUGAAACUCAAAGGUCUUGAGUACACAUUUUCCUGUUUCUAAGAUUUUAAUAAACUUUCAUUUUUAGAUUUGAGUGUUCUGAGAGUGACUUUAUUGUGAGAUGAGAGCUUUACUUUUUAUUAUUUGUAGGAGCAGGGUCACUUUUCCAGCUGUGAGUGACGGACCGAACUCAGUGCGAUGCCGAAUGCUCUGCAGUGUGUUGAAAUGUGCGCUGAAAAGGUCAACCACAUACCACGGUGAGCUUAGAACAGCUGACGUCUGUCUGGUGCCUGCUCAGGUGGAAAAAGGCAACCACGUUUUUAUUUCUAUUCUCCCAGCAGCAGCAGCAGGCAUCCACCAGCAGCUCUUCUGUGUCAGGCUGUAGGAUUGGGGACGGGGGUGGGUGAAGCAGCUGUUGUGCACAGCACUCCUUGCAGAUGCAGAUGGGUUCGUCUAAUCAUCUGCUUGGCUGCUGCUUGUCUUCUGUGUGUUGCAGUCUUACCCAGGGGG